AUAUCAAACUUGGAGAAAACGAAGGAGAAGAAGAAAGAACAAUCUCGCGGAUUCAAAACAGAGCCGAGAGCUUCUGCGUUAAAGUUUAGUCCUUUGAGAAAUGGCCGAAGAACCCGAAAAGUUGUCUUCUUCAGCGUCACAUCAACCUUCUGUUGACAAGAAACCUGAAGAUGCUGGGAUCAAACCUCAGGAUCCAGCGUCUUCUUCUGGGUUUCGAGCUUAUCCCAAUGGUGAUUCUCCAAUGUACACGGUUUUUUAUCCGGGUCUUGUUCCCGGAUCGAAUCCUGCACAAUACGAUGAACAAAUGAACCGUGGAGCUGGGAUCUAUGCGGUUCCUGUGCAUCAAUUCGGAGGACAUAUCGCUGGUCUUCCUUCAAAUUACCUUAUCCCUCUCACUUACAAUGUUCCCACUACUAGACCAAGUAAUGAGGGUGAGACUGGGGGAGAGAAUCAAGCGCAAGCCGGGCAGGGUCAGCAACAGCAGCAACCUGCACAUCAAAGGCACGUUGUGGAAAGGAGAUUUCAGAUUGCGUUUCAGCUUGACUUGUUUCUCAUACUCAAGCUUGCUGCUGUCAUAUUUCUGUUCAACCAAGAUGGAUCAAGACAAAGGCUCGCUGUUCUUGUGAUUUUCGCUACCAUAAUAUACUUAUACCAGACUGGAGCUCUUGCACCAUUUGUGCGAUGGCUUUCACAAGGUAUGCAUAGAGCAGCAGUACCACCACCUCGACCUCAUAGACCUGCUGCCAGAGUUGAUAAUGAUCCCGCUGCUGCAGUGCCACUAAAUGAAGAUGCAGUUCCAGAGGGACAAGAGAAUCAAGCUGUUAACGGGAACCAAGCAAAUGAAAAUGAAAACGUGGAUGCAGGAAACCAAGGGAAUCAAUGGUGGGGAAUAGUGAAAGAGAUCCAGAUGAUAGUUUUUGGCUUCAUAACUUCACUACUCCCAGGUUUUCACAACAUAGAUUAGACACUUUUUCUGCAUACUCUCCAUCUUCUCGAUCCAGAUGUUGUGUUCUACUUUAGUCUUCUCGAUCACAUGUGUAAGUACUAGAAAAUUUUACCUUAAGACUCCAAAACUAAUGUAUGUGAGCAGCAAUUUCUAUGCUUUUGCCUC